UAUCUUAAGAGAGAAAAAAAGUGAUUAAAUAAAUGAAACGAAAGUGUCCUCUAAUAACAAUAAUUACUUUUGUAUUUUAAAUUUUGAACUCAUAAAAAUCUGGCAAUGAAAUAUUCAUGAAUCAAACACAAUGAGAUUAUUUUGAUAUUCUUACAGAAAUCUCGGGAAAAAGUAAGUCGCACAUGUUUCUAUUUGUCAAAUAAACAAAUAUAUAACUUAUUUCCUGCCACCAUUAUUGGUAUAUAUAAAUGAAAAAAUAAAUUAUCAAACCCCAAUUUCUCAUUGAUUUUCUUACAAUUUUAUUAUUAAAAAUUUUUUUGUAAUAAUAAAAAAAUAACAAAACAAUGCAUUUAAGAAAAAUUUUGAUAAUAUUUUCCGUUUUUCUUAUUUCUGAAAUUUACGGUCAUGGAAAAUUGAUGCAACCAGUAAAUAGGGCAAGCGCUUGGAGAAAAGGCUUCGAAACGCCCGUUUCUUACGAUGAUGAUCAAAAUUACUGUGGAAGUAUUGGGGUUCAUCAUGGUUGGUACGGAGGAAGAUGUGGAGUCUGUGGUGACAGUUUCGGAGAAAGUAGACCGCGAGCAAACGAAAAUACUGGCACUUUUGGACUAGGAGUCAUAGUCGAGAGAUACAGACACGGGCAGAUAAUAGACGUUGUGAGUGAUUUUACACACACUCACAAGGGCUUCUUCAGAUUUUCUUUGUGUCCUUUGCGACAUCCACGUGAACUCGAAACGGAAGAAUGCUUUAUUCCUCUGAAAUUUGCAAACGGCGCCGAUCGAUAUGAAAUGGGAGAUAAUCCUCCUGGAAUUUACAAAUCUCAGAUUCAACACUCAGUAAACAAUGGCAAGUGUGGAAUUUGUGGCGAUGAUUUUCAACUUCCCCGUCCUCGACCAACCGAAAAUAGAGGAACUUACGGAACCGGAACCAUCGUAAAAACUUACAAAUCAGGCGAAAUUAUUGACGUGGAAGUGAAUAUUUCUGCCGCUCACAAAGGACACUUUAUAUUCAAUCUUUGUCCUUUGAAGCACGAUAAGGAGCUCGAGGAGGAGAACUGUUUUAUUCCCCUUAAAUUAGCUGAUGGCACUGAAUCCUACAAUAUGGGAAAUAAAGGACCGGGAAUUAUUAAGACAAAAGUUAUUCUCCCACAGGGACUGACCUGCAAGCACUGCGUAUUUCGAUGGGAAUACAUUGCCGGCAACUCGUGGGGAAUUUGCAAUGACGGAACGGGACAGACUGGCUGUGGUCCGCAGGAAAAUUUCAAAUCCUGCUCGGAUAUUUCUAUACAAUGAGAGAGCAACCAAACAUGACUGUUUUUCUAUUUUUAAGAACAAUAUUUAUCGUU